UUCCGGUUGUCUUGUUGCCCUGGUAACGAGCGUAAGCAACCUCGGAGGCGGUUAUGGCGGGGCUGGGAGGUUCGCAGAUCCCCGACGGGGAGUUCACCGCGGUUGUGUACCGGCUCAUCCGGGAUGCCCGGUACGCCGAGGCCGUGCAGCUGCUGGGCGGAGAGCUCCAGCGGAGCCCGAAAAGCCGCGCCGGGCUGUCGCUGCUGGGCUACUGCUACUACCGCCUACAGGAGUUCGCGCAGGCGGCCGAAUGCUAUGAGCAGCUGCGCCAACUGCACCCGGAGCUGGAGCAGUACCGCCUGUACCAGGCCCAGGCCCUGUACAAGGCCUGCCUCUACCCAGAGGCCACCCGCGUGUCCUUCCUCCUCCUGGACAACCCCGCCUACCACAACCGGGUCCUCCGUCUCCAAGCCGCGAUCAAGUACAGCGAAGGCGACCUGCCCGGGGCCAGGAGCCUGGUGGAGCAGCUACUGAGUGGAGAAGGAGGAGAAGACAGCGGGGGCGAGAACGAGCUGGAUGGCCAGGUCAAUCUGGGUUGUUUGCUGUACAAGGAGGGACAUUAUGAAGCCGCGUGUUCCAAGUUCUCUGCGGCCCUGCAGGCUUCGGGCUACCGUCCUGAUCUUUCCUACAACCUGGCUUUGGCCUAUUACAGCAGCCGGCACUAUGCCCCAGCUCUGAAGCAUAUCGCGGACAUUAUUGAGCGUGGCAUCCGGCAGCACCCAGAGCUGGGUGUGGGCAUGACCACUGAGGGCAUUGACGUUCGAAGUGUUGGCAACACCUUAGUCCUUCACCAGACUGCUCUGGUGGAAGCCUUCAACCUCAGGGCCGCCAUAGAAUACCAACUGAGAAACUAUGAGGCGGCCCAGGAAGCCCUCACUGACAUGCCACCAAGGGCAGAGGAAGAGUUAGACCCCGUGACCCUGCACAAUCAGGCACUAAUGAACAUGGAUGCCAGGCCCACAGAAGGGUUUGAAAAACUACAGUUUUUGCUCCAACAGAACCCCUUUCCCCCAGAGACCUUUGGCAACCUGUUGCUGCUCUAUUGUGAAUAUGAGUAUUUUGACCUGGCAGCAGAUGUCCUGGCAGAGAAUGCCCAUUUGACUUACGAAUUCCUCACACCCUAUCUCUAUGACUUCUUGGAUGCCAUGAUCACUUGCCAGACAGCCCCUGAAGAGGCUUUCCUUAAGCUUGAGGGCCUAGCAGGGAUGCUGACUGAACAGCUCCGGAAACUUACCAUACAAGUGCAGGAAGCAAGACACAAUAAAGAUGAUGAAGCUGUCAAAAAGGCAGUAAAUGAAUAUGAUGAAACCCUUGAGAAGUACAUUCCUGUGUUGAUGGCCCAGGCCAAAAUCUACUGGAACCUUGAAAAUUACCCAAUGGUGGAAAAACUCUUCCGCAAAUCUGUGGAAUUCUGUAAUGACCACCAUGUGUGGAAGCUGAAUGUGGCUCAUGUUCUGUUCAUGCAGGAAAACAAAUACAAAGAAGCCAUAGGUUUUUAUGAGCCAAUAGUCAAGAAGCAUUAUGACAACAUCCUGAAUGUCAGUGCUGUUGUGCUGGCCAACCUGUGUGUUUCAUAUAUUAUGACAAGUCAGAAUGAAGAAGCUGAGGAGUUGAUGAGGAAGAUUGGAAAGGAGGAAGAUCAGCUCUCCUAUGAUGAUCCAGAUAAGAAAAUGUACCAUCUCUGCAUUGUGAAUUUGGUGAUAGGGACGCUUUACUGUGCCAAAGGAAAUUAUGACUUUGGUAUUUCCCGGGUUGUCAAAAGCUUGGAACCUUAUAAUAAAAAACUAGGAACUGAUACAUGGUAUUAUGCCAAAAGAUGCUUCCUGUCAUUAUUAGAAAACAUGUCAAAACACACCAUCAUGCUUCGUGACAGUGUCGUUCAAGAAUGUGUUCAGUUUUUAGAACACUGCGAACUUUAUGGGAGGGACAUACCUGCAGUUAUUGAAGAAACCUUGGAAGAAGAAAGAACGCAUAUUGGAAAGAAUACAGUCACAUAUGAAUCCAGAGAGUUAAAAGCUUUGAUUUAUGAUAUUAUAGGAUGGAAUAUGUAGUAGUGUCUGAUAGUGGCCUUAUCAUAAUGGUUUUAUAUCUGUUUUUCACUCUUGCUUUUUAUCUCCAGUUAGCUAGUGGCAUAUUUACAUUUGUUACAUGUUGGACUUUGUACAGUUCAAAAUUAUAAUAAAAAUAAUUAGUAUUUUUAAAAAAUCUUCACAAAGUGAAAUGUAAGAACAUCUAGAAACAUUUAUGAAAAUUCAGAACUGCCUGGGGACACUAUUUCUAUUAGAACUUGUUAGAACCCAUGUUCCCUCUCUGCUACCAUUUGUGCUUUGUAUUUUGAGUGACCUGCAUAAAGGUUAUAUUAUCCAGGGACUUGGUACUAGUCCUAUCAGGCCCAGAACUCUGUAGUUAAUGUAUAGGAUUUCUAGGCUUUUAAUAAUCUCAGGGAUUGUGUGUUCUAAUUCAUAGUUUGUAAUGAAUACAUAUUAUAUAGCAUUAGGAUGUUUUUCAGAGUUUUCAAUAUAAAAUAUAAUGCUUUAUGUAAACAAAAUACCUUACACUAUAAAUGUUUUUUUGUUGCUGCUGUUUUUUUUUUAAUGUGCAAGUCAGUGGGAGACCUUGUGCCCUUAACAAAAUUAUGGUGCUGUGGUUUAGAGACAAUAAACAGUUGUCAAAGAAUUUUACAUAGUUUUCUUUUGUUCCACUUGUUAAUAAUCUGAGUACAUAAGCAACAUAUAGUGUUUUUCAUAACUCUGUUCUCCUUUAUCUUUAACAGUGAGGAAUAGCAGAGGUCCCAUGGGAACUGGGUGCUUACUUCCCACGUUUGUAUUUCUAACUUAGGAUAUGUUAAUGC